AUGGAAGUCAUAGAUAAUAAAUCUAGGUCUUAUUGCAAAGUUUCUAAAUAAAAAUAAGAAUAACUUUUAAAUCUUGUUUAUAAGGAUGAAUUCAGAAUUAAUUAAGUAGACAUAUAUAGUUAUAUUAAUAUAGGCUGCUAAUUUUUUGAAUAUCAAUUAUGCCACUGCCAAAAAUAUUAUAAGAAGGUUUAAGAAAAUACACAUUUUUAGAAAAUGUGGGAAUAUUUCUGAAUCCAAGAGAUGUCAUUAUAAAUAGAUUGGAGAAUAAAAAGAGUAAACAAAUGGAAUAAAUACAAAAGGUGGAUUAGUAGGUGAUUGUCUAACAGGAUAAGUCUAGAAAAUUUGA